CAAGUUCGCCACCGGCAGCGUCCCCAUCCCCUGGCAGAACGAGAUGAUCGAGACCGAGUGCUUCAAGGACCUCAACGUGUUUGGACCCAACGGGACGCGCUCCCCGGACCUGGACUGGAGGCAGCUGCCCGAGCCCCCCAAGCGCAGCCUCUUCCAGAGGCUCUUCCGACGACACCCGGCCGACUACACCAUCGGCACCACCAUCCCCCCCCCUGCCCCGGCCGCCGUGAACUCGCACCCUCCCCCGGCCAACGCUGCCUGUCGGGCCCCGGCACCCUCCUGACCCCCCUCACCGUCCCGGGGGAGCCCCCAGCCCCCCCAGUGCCCUCUCAGGGUUAUUUGGGGUCCCCGGGGACACUGGCAGGGACCGACACUGCUGCCGGCGUGGGCAGGGAGGGAUGGAGGGGCAGGAGCGGGGUCUGUCCCCCCCCAUCCCCAGCAGCCCCCAGCUCCUUUGCUCUCGGGGGUUCCUGCAGGACCACCCUCAUCCACCCCCCCACCCCCCCGGGUGAUGCUGGGGGAAGGGGCCAGGGCAGGGACCUAUUUUUGCUGCGUUUGAGCCCGUUAUCUUAUCGCCGGUUCGGUGCGUGACCUCUGCGGGCGCGGGGGGGGCUGCGGGUUUAUCUGCGCUCUGCAAAUAGCAACAAAGGCAGCCUUGGAGUUGGGGGACACCCCCGGC